AUGUCAAAUGAAAGGAAUUACAAUGCGACAAGGGGCUGGAUGUCGACGGAUCCAUCUUCAACCUCUUUAAAAAGUGAAAAGGGAGAAAAUCCCAAAUGGCUGAACGGAACGAAUUGGGCAAGUCUGAUUUCACGGUCGGGAAUAACCCCACAUGCCUCAAAAAUCUCAGGUCACACAGGGAAAUCCAUCGAAAAUAUGCGGGGCAAAGUGGGCAAAAUUGCCAAAUUGGUGGAUAGAUUGUUUUCCAUAACCACACCAUGA